AUGAAGCAACAAAAGCUGGUUUUAGCUUUUUUCAUUUUAGCAACCUGCUUCUCAGUGAUGAAAGCAUAAAAUGGAGAUGAAUAAGACAUUUUUCUAUAAUUGAUCAAAACUUAGAUUAAAAGUGUUAUUGAAAGUCCUGAUUUCUAAUAUAAUUUCAUUUAAGGAUUCACAAAAUAGUUUAUUUUUGGAUAAAUUAAACUAUAUGAUUUAGCAGUAAAUCACUCAAAAUAAAUAGGUUCAGAUCAGGCAAAAAAAAUCAAAGAGGAGAUAGAUGGGUUAGUUGGUAUUCUUUUCCAAGGUCGCUUUUCUACUUUACAAGAUUUAGUUGAAGACAUCAAGAAAAAUGAUCCUACUUCUCUCAAUAAUAUUUUUUCCAAAACAACAUUUAACGAAGACCUUAAGCAUUUCAAUUACUAAGACUAAUUGGCAUAAGCAAUCGCAAAUAAGCUUAUUGAUAAAAAUCAAAGCCCAAAGGAGAAGCUUACUUAAUCUAUUAAAAAUCUUGACUUGAUUAAGAAAUUCUUAAUCUAGUAUAGAGGAGUUAAAGAAGAAGAUGCUGAAAAAGCUUUUUCAUAUAUCAAGGAUUCUAAUAAGCUUAAAAAAACUAUGCUAUUUGCAUCCGAAAAGCUUUCUGAUCCUAAAAUUGCAGGAUCAUUAAUGAAGCUUGCACUUAAGUUUAAUGAUGCUUAAAGAAAUGGAAAUGCAACUGAUAUCAUCUCUUUGAUUUAAGAUGAUAAAGCUUUAUUAAGUCUUUUAGCUGAUUAAGAUUGGGGAGAUCUCCUCAAGCUUAAAGAUGAAUUAACAAAGAUUGGAGGAAAGGCUUAUGAAGAUUAUUUAAAGAAUGGAGGCGGAUCUAGAGAUAGAGAUAAUGAUGACAACGAUGAUGAUGAUGAAGAAGAAGAAGAUUUAGAAGGAGGUAAAAAAAAGCACUCAUCAAUGGGAUUCGGAAAAAUCUUUUUAAUAAUUCUUGGUGUUGUUUCAGUCAUAGCUAUUGCUUUUCUCAUUUACAGAAAAUAUAAUUAGAGUAAAUAUAACGACGGCUCUUACACAGAAAACAAGUAGCUCUACAGACCUACCGUUUGA